AUGUACCAUGCAGAGUUUCGUUCGAAGCGUGUUAUUAGUCUUGACAUCAAAUGGAAUUCAGCUUCACCCGACAGCAAGGUUGCAACUCUUCAAUUAUGUCAUGAAAGUCGUUGUAUCAUCAUUCAGCUACUCCACUUGGAUUUGAUCCCGAACUCUUUAAGAAACUUGCUUUCGGAUAGAUCAAUCACUUUUGUUGGUGUUGGUAUCACACAGGAUAUUGCGAAGCUGGAUCGUGACUAUGGUUUUAAGUGCUGGGCAGGUAAUGAGUUGGGUGCACUUUCUAACAGAUUUUUUGGUAGGCCUAAGGUUACCCAGCUAAAUUGUGGUGCUGAAUUCGCUUCCACGAUGCAUAAAUUGUUUGAACUUCCUGUUGGGAAACCGGUAAAUGUGGCUCGCUCAGACUGGAGCAGAAACAUCCUCGGUAUUGAACAAAUCAAAUACGCUGCCAUUGAUGCUUAUGUUUAUUUCCAAUAUGGAGAACACUUGUGCCAAUUGCUAAGAUUAAGGGGUGAAAACAUCUAG